GUAAUCAUCUCCCACGGUAAAACCGUGAUACGCUCGGUCUCUGGCUCUCUGCUGAAGUGCUCCUUCACUGUCGCAUUCCUCUUUCUGAGGCAUGAUAUAUUAGCGAACUUGUAUAUGCUCCAGAAGAAGAGAAGCAACGUAAAUUCUAAAAAUGGCGAAGAGCUAUGCGAGAGAGAACGUGCCCCUAUCGAGAUUCGGAGUACUGGUGGCGCAAUUGGAAUCAAUAGUCGCCUCUGCAGCUCACAAGCCUCCCGACCCUCUCCUCUGCUUUGAUCUCCUCUCCGAUCUCAUCUCAGCCAUCGAUGAAGAGCCCAAGGAAUCAAUACUGCUAUGUCAGAGGAAAUGUGAAGAUGCUCUUUAUUCUCUACUUGUGCUUGGUGCAAGAAAGCCAGUGCGGCACUUGGCAUCUUUGGCUAUGGCUAGGGUCAUACAAAAGGGUGAUUCCAUUUCAAUAUAUUCCAGAGCUAGCAGUUUGCAGGGAUUCCUCUCAGAUGGAAAGAAAAACGAGCCUCACCGAUUUGCUGGUGCUGCUGAGUGCUUGGGUGAAUUGUAUCGCUACUUUGGGAGACGGAUUACUUCUGGAUUACUUGAAACAACUGCAAUUCUCACAAAAAUGUUGAAGUUCAAUGAGGACUUUGUGAGACAUGAAGGUUUUCACAUGCUUCAGAAUGCUUUGGAAGGAUCAGGUGGCAGUGCUGCUUCCUCAGCAUAUACAGAGGCGUUCCGUAUCAUAAUGCGGACAGGAAUUGGAGACAAAUCAUUUAAUGUUAGAAUAGCUGCGGCUAGAUGCCUGAAGGCAUUUGCAAACAUUGGAGGACCUGGACUAGGUGUUGGAGAGCUUGAGAGUUCAUCUUCUUACUGUGUCAAGGCCCUUGAGGACCCAAUACCAUCUGUUAGGGAUGCCUUUGCUGAAGCCCUUGGAGCACUGCUUGCUCUUGGGAUGAAUCCCAAUGCACAGGUGCAAUUGAGGGGGAAAGCUCAUUUUACUCAAAAAAAACUUGAAGGAGGUCUCGAAAGGCACUUGGUUUUGCCCUUCAUAAAAGCUAGUGGACCUCGUUCAAAAGACUUGCGGGUUGGGCUUACCUUAUCAUGGGUGUCAUUUCUACAGGCCAUUCGCAUGAAGUAUCUUCAACCUGAUAGUGAGCUUGAUAAGUUUGCCACCCAAGUUAUCGACAUGCUUCGUGUAGACAAUUCUUUUGAUGCUCAAGCAGUGGCAUGUGUCCUUUACAUUCUUCGCGUUGGUAUAACGGAUCAAAUGAGUGAAGCUACUCAAAGUGGCUUCUUGGUUGUUUUGAGCAAGCAGCUUCAAUCUCCUGAUGCCACUCCUUCAAUGCGAGUUGCUGCUUUACGUACUCUGUCCUAUGCUUUGAAAACACUGGGCGAGGUGCCUGCAGAAUUCAAGGAAGUUCUUGAUAACACUGUUGUUGCAGCAGUUUCUAAUCAGUCACCACAAGUACGUGUUGAGGCUGCAUUGACAUUGCGUGCUCUUGCUGAGGUUGAUCCUACUUGUAUAGGUGGUUUAAUUUCUUAUGCAGUAACCAUGCUUAGUGCAGUCAGAGAGAACAUUUCAUUUGAGAAGGGAACUAAUUUAAAAGCUGAGCUGGACUGUCUGAAUGGUCAAGCUGCAGUUUUGGCAGCAUUGGUUUCUGUUUCUCCAAAAUCACCUCUUGGUUAUCCAGCUAGAUUGCCCAGAUCAGUUCUUGAAGUUUCCAAGAAAAUGCUUUUAGAAUCAAGUAGAAACCCUACUUCGGCUGCUGUUGAAAAGGAAGCUGGAUGGAUGCUUUUAUCAUCUCUGCUGUCUUCCAUGCCAAAACAGGAGCUUGAAGAAGAAGUUUUUGAUAUUCUUUCUCUAUGGGCAACUGUGUUCAGCAGAAAUCCAGAACGCCAUAUUAGCGAAACAGUAGAUUUGCCAUCAACUUUAUGUGUAUGGUCUGCUGCAAUGGAUACGUUCACAGUGUUUAUAAAAUGCUUUCUUUCAUCUGAUGCUGUAAGCAAGGGGAUCUUACUUCAACCAGUGCAACUAUAUCUUAGUAGGGCCCUUUCCUACAUAUUGCAAUUGGUAGCUAGAGACCACAGGAAUGCAAAACCUGGAGUGGAUGUAUUUAUCAUCAAGACACUGCAAGCUUAUCAGUCCCUUUCUGACCCAAAUGCAUAUAAAAGUGACCAUGCACGCAUUGUUCAUGUUUGCACCACACCAUUUAGGGAAGCUUCUAAAUGUGAGGAAAGCUCAUGCUUGCGCAUGCUUUUAGACAAGAGAGAUGCGUGGCUUGGUCCUUGGAACCCUGGAAGAGAUUGGUUUGAAGAUGAACUUCGUUCAUUCCAAGGGGGAAGAGAUGGUGUAUUGCCUUGUGUGUGGGAACAUGAGCCUCCCAGUUUUCCUCAGCCGGAGACUAUAAGCAAAUCGUUGGUGAAUCAAAUGCUUCUCUCCUUUGGAACCAUGUUUGCUUCCCAGGAUAGUAAGGGCAUGCUCUCACUUCUUGGCACGGUUGAGCAAAGUCUAAAAGCUGGAAAGAAACAGGCUUGGCAUUCUGCUAAUGUCACCAAUAUAUGUGUGGGAUUACUUGCUGGGUUGAAGGCAUUGCAUGCUUUACGUCCUGAGCCCCUAGGACUGGAAGUACUGAAUGCAACACAAUCUAUUUUUCAGAUUAUUUUGGUUGAGGGUGAUAUCACUGCAUCUCAACGCAGAGCACUGUCAGAAGGUCUUGGUCUAGUAGCACGACUUGGGAAUGAUGUAUUCACUGCCAAAUUGACACGAUCUUUCCUUGGUGACAUACAUAGCGGUGCAGAUUCACAUUAUGCUGCUUCAAUUGCCCUUGCGCUUGGCUGCAUUCAUCGCAGUGCAGGGGGAAUGGCAUUGUCAAGUUUAGUGCCUGCUACUGUCAACUCUCUGUCUUCUCUUGCUAAAAGUUCAGUCACUGGUUUGCAAAUUUGGUCUUUGCAUGGACUUCUCUUGACCAUUGAAGCUGCUGGCUUGUCCUAUGUUUCUCAUGUUCAGGCAACACUUGGCCUUGCUACAGAUGUUCUUUUGUCCAAUGAGAUUGGCUCUACUGACCUGCAACAGGGAGUGGGCCGCCUUAUAAAUGCUAUCGUUGCUGUUCUUGGUCCUGAACUUGCUCCUGGAAGUAUCUUCUUUUCCCGCUGCAAGUCUGUCAUUGCAGAGAUUAGCUCCAGGCAAGAAACUGCAACACUACUUGAGAAUGUCCGCUUCACACAGCAACUAGUACUCUUUGCACCACAGGCUGUUAGUGUGCAUUCCCACAUUCAGACACUCCUCCCUACCCUCUCCUCAAGACAGCCAACAUUGAGGCAUCUUGCUCUGUCUACUGUUCGACACCUCAUAGAAAAGGACCCGGUCUCUGUCAUCAAUGAACAAAUAGAAAAUGCAUUGUUCCACAUGCUUGAUGAGGAAACUGAUGCUGAGAUUGGUCGUUUAGCUCGUACCACAAUCAUGCGGUUGCUUUAUGCAUCAUGCCCAUCAUGUCCUUCUCACUGGCUUUCAAUAUGUCGCAACAUGAUCCUUGCUUUAUCAUCAAGGGAUGCCAAGACUAGGGACAAUAUGGAUAGUGAUUCAAGUGGUCCAGGUGGUGAGACAAGAUUGCAUUUUGGUGGAGAUGAGGAAAACAUGGUCUCUAGCUCCAAAAGCCAAUCUCCUCAGAGUUAUGCAUUUGGUUAUUCCAGCAUUUAUUCCAAAGACAAACACCUUAGAUAUCGGACAAAGGUUUUUGCUGCUGAAUGCUUGAGUCAUAUACCAGAAGCUGUUGGAAAGAAUCCUGCUCAUUUUGACCUUGAUGUAACUGGAGGACAUCGUUCUGGUGAUUGGCUAGUUCUUCAUCUGCAAGAGCUCAUUUCACUGGCCUAUCAGAUCAGCACCAUUCAAUUUGAGAACAUGCGUCACAUUGGUGUAGCACUUCUAAGUACCAUUAUGGACAAGUUUGAAACUGUUUCGGACCCUGAGCUUCCUGGACACCUCCUUCUGGAGCAAUACCAGGCCCAACUUGUUUCAGCAAUUCGAACAGCAUUGGACUCAUCUUCUGGUCCUGUACUUUUGGAAGCAGGCUUACAGCUUGCAACUAAGAUAUUGACAUGUAAAAUUGUCAGUCAUGACCAACUUGCUGUAAAACGGAUAUUUUCAUUGAUCUCUCGACCUCUAAGUGAAUUUGAUGACCUCUACUACCCAUCAUUUGCAGAAUGGGUAUCAUGUAAGAUCAAAAUAAGGCUUCUGACUGCUCAUGCCUCUUUGAAAUGUUAUACAUAUACAUUCUUGAGAAACCAACAUAGUGGGAUUUCUGAUGAGUAUCUAGCUUUAUUACCGCUGUUCUCUGAAAGUUCAAAAGUUCUGGGUAUUUACUGGCUCGGUGUUUUGAAAGACUACAGUUAUGUCUGCUUCCGUUCACAUCCUAAAGAAAGUUGGAAACCAUUCCUUGAUGGAAUUCAAUCUUCAUUAGUUUCAACUAAAUUGUUGCCAUGUUUAGAGGAAUCCUGGCCCCUAAUCCUACAAGCAGUUGUAUUAGAUGCAGUUCCUACGAACUUUGUGGCUAAGGAAUCUUCUGCUACUUAUAAUGAAUCACAAAGUACCUUCAUCUCUGGAUAUAGCAUGGUUAAAGUGGGGUUAGAAGACUUUCAAUUUUUGUGGGGCUUUUCUGUUCUUGCUCUGUUUCAGGGGCAAGCUCAUUCUCUAGGUGAUUAUAUGAUGCCGAUGGGCUCUGCAGAAUCUGAAAUAAGAGAUGAAUCUUCUCUUGAUGUGAAUUCUGUAGACUCAAAGCUAUGUGACACGUUGUUGCCUGUAUUUCAUGCUCUGUCUACAGAAAGAUUUUUCAGUGCAGGAUUUCUGACUGUGGAUAUCUGUAGAGAACUGGUGCAGGCCUUCUCUUUUUCCAUUUGUGUCAAAGAUGCAUGGGACUCUCUUGCUAUCUCAGUUUUAUCACAGAUUGUUCAGCAUUGUCCCAAAGAAUUUCUCGAGACAGAAAAUUUUCCAUAUCUUGCAACAGAACUAUGUUUGGCAUUUUUCUUUAAAUUCUUCUUGAGCGAUGCAAAAUCUCAAUACCAUUCAGACUGGGAGAAUAUGAUUUCUGUGACACUUACUACUGCUGCAGUGCUUCUGAGGCGGUUUGAACCAAAGAUGGGCUUAAAGUCACUAUUGGCUUUUACAUUGGUUGGCUACAAAUGCAUUGGGUUUGCAACAACUGACAUAUGCCUUAUAAGAGUUAAAGAUUUUGUCCAGUCUAUCACUUCUUCAUUACAACAAUAUAUUACUGCUACACCUGACCUUGGAGAUGAUGAAGUCCAGUCCUUCACUACAACUACCAGAGCUUGUCUGAGUGCAAGUGCUAGUUUAAUCAAGGACUGUAUUGAGAGCAUUCACCAAUCUGAAAAUAAGAAGUCCAACAUGUUAAAACUGCUGUUGAUGAAGCUUGCUAUGUCCUUGGAGCAAACUAUUACACUGGCUAAAGUUUCCUUUGAAAUUGAACACCACAGAGAAAAUGAAGAAUAUAAACCAAUCUUAUAUACCACAUUAUGUCAUAGCACUCACUGUAUCAGGACUGCUCUUUGUGAUUCUGAGAUACAGGUUCAAGUAAUUGGCUUGCAAGUAUUGAAGGGAAUGCUACAAAGAGGGGUGACUACAGAAUCCACCUCUUUCAUAAUAUUUUUUGUUGGGGAACUUAUGGAAGAUAUUAUUGCAGUAAUCCACAAAUCCUUAAAGAAAGUGAUAAAUAGGGAAGUGGUGGCCAUUAUUGGGGAAUGCUUGAAAAUAUUGAUGCUUCUUCAGACACUGUCAAAACAUAGUGACAGUCAGAAAGGUCUUAUGAAUCUUUUCUUGGAAACUAUUCUCAUGAUUUUUACAAUACCAGAGGAUAAUUCUGAGGAAAUAAGUGAUCUUAGGAUCAUGGCUGUAAAACUGGUCUCACAACUUGCUCAAAUUUCUACUUCUGCUGUUUACUUCAAGGAUGUCUUACUGGCAAUGCCUAUAACUCGAAGACAACAACUUCAGGAUAUUAUCCGUGCAUCUGUGAAUCAAGACCAGAAUCCAAGCCAGGUGAAAUCCACUGGACCACCUUUAUUGGUGAAAUUACCUGCAAAAAUGGAGGAAACUAAAGAUCAAAAUUUCACCUCUGCAUUUCCCACAAAAGAAUCUGAAGACAACUCCUUGGAAGAAGAAGAAGAAGAUGAUGAUGAUUUUGAUGAUGAUUGGGACACUUUCCAGUCUUUUCCUGCCUCUGUCAAUGGGGAUCCUCCAACUUCUGAAAUAGCAGUAGAUUCGAAUUUGACCACGAAUUCAUCAGUUUCAAAUAGUGAUUCAGGAAAUAAUGACCUUGAGACACAGAAUAGUUCCAAACCAUUGUACAUGGUAGAAGAACUCAAUCUCCAAGAUGAAACGGCAGCUGGAGAGAACUAUGAAUUUGCUACAAGUAGCAGUGACCAGAUACAAGAGCCCCAUGAUUGCCAAGAUAAUUUAGACCACACUGAGGAACCUGUCACUUCUGAGCAGAAGGGUACCAUAGAGUUGAGCCAGGAAGGUGAACAUGUCUCACCCAUUCAACCUGUUGUUGAGGUGAAAGAAAAAGACUCCGAGUCAUCUCAAGGAACAGGGCUAAAAAUUGUUUCCACUAGUGAUUCAUCUUUGCCAGAGAGUUUGCACAGUACAGAGACACUAUCUGAUGAGGAAAGUUGUAGAGUUGGAGUAGAUGAUAGGAAUGGAGAUAAACCUGCCAAGGAACUUGAUGAUCAACAUGACAAGGAGACAGAUAUCAAGGACCGAAACAUAGAUAAAGACUCAACGGAUAAUAUCCAUUCUUCAGAAGAUACAGAAGGUUGAAAGAAAGUCUUUAUAUAUCAGAGACUGAUAAUCAAUAGACUCUGCAAAGUCAAAUAAUUGGUAUGUUGUUUCUCACUGUUGCUGUUUUAUGACCUUAGCAAUCAUGAGGAAGCAUUUUCCCCUACAGACAUACAUAAUGAUACUGGGAAUGAUAAAUCUGACCAACAAUACUCCAGAGUGGCCCAAAGUGAAAUUUGUUGUUGUUACGCUUAUCAUUAUGAUUAUCAUAUGUAUGUAAAAUAGUCUCUUGAUUUCAGAACACUUGGAAUACAAAACCUUUUGCAAUGCCAACAAUAGAUGUGAUUAAACUUCUCCCUAUGGCUAGUCUGUAAUACAAUCAUUUCUUAGACAAAUUUCAGCUUGCUGUAUGUUCUGGAACUGUUCUCAUUUCAAUUCAUUUCUUGUUUGCCCUCUUGUGUA